CAAACAAAGUUAAGACUGCCGCAAAAUAAUUUUGGUUCCGUUUAUUAUAUGAGCCAAUGAUUUUAUAAAAAUGGAUUUCGACGAUACUAUGGACUUAGUAAUAAUAAUUCUGCUACUAAAUGAAGCUCGCAAAUAUCUCGAUAUUAUAUCAAAUGGGCAUAGGCCUCAUACCCGCAAAGUGAACGAAAGUCGUAGACCAACAAGGAGGAGGAUUACUAGAAAUCCACAAGAUUGUGAAGGGGGAGAUACUUUGUUCGCCCAGUAUUUUGAUAAAAUAUGCCAGAGUGAUCCAGAAGGGUUCAGAUCUUCCGUACAUAUGUCUCAAGCCGCCUUUGAGUUACUUUUUAAUUUGGUGGAACUGGAUUUAUUUAAGUGCUCCAUGCGUCAGGGUAUUACACCAAAAUGUAGACUAUUUAUAACACUUUUGUAUUUAGCAAAUGGGAACUCCAAAAAAAUGCUGCCAUCAGCUUUCGAGUUGGGCUUGCCUUUUGUGCGUCGUAUUGUGAGCGAAACCUGUGAGGUGCUUUGGAACUCGCUAUCUGACACAUAUCUGCCAAUGAAACAGUCCGCGGAUUGGGUAGAGCUAUCGCGCCAGUUUGAAUCAAAAUUGGAAUUGCCUAACUGUGUUGGAGCUAUAGACACAAGAACAAUUGAAUUAAGUAGUCCAAACAAAAAAGGAAGAUAUUCUGUGGCCAUACUUGCAACUUGUGAUGCCAACUAUACCUUUACAGGCAUAGAUGCGGUUGUUUUUCGUCGCAAGGAUUAUGAUUAUACCUGGGGUUUAGAUUUCGCAGAUAAUCUUUUUGAGGGUGGACUAAAUUUACCUGAAGAUAAAAUCCUUCCUAAUAGUGAAAUCGAAUUUCCAUAUUAUUUUGUUGGCGAUAACGUGUGUCCACUAAAACCUCAUAUAAUGAGGCUUUAUCCAGGAAAGCCUCUCUCACAAAGACGUGAAAUUUUUAAUUCGCGAUUGGAUCGGGCACGUCAAGUGAUUGAUAAUGCAUUUGGUAUUUUGGCAGCUCGUUGGAGAAUUUUAGCAAAUCCAUUGAAUUUGUCGCCUCGUAAUAUGCAACAGGUUUUGAAAGCCACCUUACUGCUUCACAACUUUGCUCGGACCCAUGAUAGCACUUAUUGUCCUCCCGGAUAUGUGGACCGCUAUGAAGGUGAUACUCUCUUUCCUGGGGAUUGGCGUGACGAGAUUAUUCCUCUAGAGGAAACAAAGAGGUUUUACUCAAACAACGCUACACAAAGCGCUUAUAAAUUGCGCGACAGUUUAAGUGAAUACUUUGAAAAUAAUUAAAUUUUCUAAUUUUCAUUACCUUCAGUUUACCAAUAGUCUUUGUAAGAGUCAUAAAGUCUAGCAGGCAAUUUUUGUUGAACGUAACAAACGAAAAUGUUUCUAAUUAUUUAUAAAAAAAAAUCGUUAAAUAUUUUGUGCUUACUUUGAAUUAGAAAACUCUUUAGGUCUCACAUUAUUACUACAUCCUAUAUUUAACGAAAAUGUAUAGUAUUAAACCAUAUUUACAUAUAAGCGGAAGAUAUGCCUUAGCUGUGUACAAACGUAGUUUUAAGUAUUUUUUAUAAUUAAUUAUGCGAAAAAAAGAAUGUAUGCUGUGUGAAAAGUAAAUUUUUAAGUGGAUACAGAGAAAAUAUGAAAUGGACAAUGCAAUAUUCGGUCUUUUCCUUUCGACAAACAUAACACCAAUUCAAUCUUAAAUCGCUGGUUUUCCAAUCCGCAAAUACGGCAGUUUUGCUUAUUAAAAUGCGCCUCCUCAGUAAAUAUGAUUUUGCCUUCUGUUCAAUAAAAGCACUGUUUGGGCUAUACUACAUUGACUUUGAAAAUAAAUUUGCUAUAUUUUCCAACGAAAUGAAUCGUGGGCAACUUAAUCACAACCCAUUGCU